AUGUACAUGUUCGGGCUGAGUCCGAUCCGAACGAAGCUCCAGAGCAACCUAGCUGACAUCAUGAUGUGCGCUCGGGCAGUCGGCAUAAUGAAGGCCAAGCAGGUUGAGAUUGAAGCAGUCGCGGCCAAAGAGAUGGAACGGCUUGGCUUGACUCCCGUUGGCUCACAGGAGGGUACGGUGGAAAACAUCGUCAUGUGCCAGCGGCUGGCUCAAGUGGAGGACGAGCCGAAGAAGCUCAAGAAUUUUGGAGAAACCUCCUCUUCCCAGGGGCCACCGACCGCCCGCCUAAAGGCCGACCUGGAAAAGGCCCAACAACUUCUCGCGAUGCAACAGCAGAAGUCGGUCGAACAGGCUAAUAGGCUAAGUCAGAUCGAGGCGCAACUGAAGACCUACGGCCGGAAACUCGAACUGGCCUCCAAAAGGAAACAGCGGAUCAUUGCUGACCUGGAACUGAAGAACCAAGAGGCUCGUCAAUCGGCCGAGAAGCUCAAGAAUGCGGAGAGCCUGCUGGUUGCCGAGCACGAGAGUCGUUUGGCUAAGGAGGCUGAACUUCAAGAUCAGGCGAAGCACCUUGAAGAGGAACUGGAGGCCUCCCGUGCUGCACUAAAAAUCUAUCAGGAGGCUGAACCGGGCCGCUUCACGGUCCUGAGGCAACAGUACCUCCGUUCUGACCAAUUUCUGGAAAAGGCGACCAGUCGGAUUGUCCGAUCGUUUGAGCUAGCCAUCAACGUGACGCUCUGCUAG